UCUAUUUAUAGCUCCCACACACACACACACACACACACACACACACACACACACACACACACACACACACACACACACACACACACACACACACACACACACACACACACACACACACACACACACACACAAAUAUAGCAUAGGGGGUCGCGUUUGCUUUGGGGCAGAGAGACAGUUGCUUACAGACACACACCGUGUUGAUCUCAAACCAGGAUUUACUUCAGUGUUCCUUUUCAUCAACUACUGUCAAGGAAUAGGCCUAUACUGGGAUUUGGAUUGCGUCUUUCCGGAGAGGUCCUUUCUGUCUCGCCACUCCAGAUCCCAUGACGAGGGACACGGUGUUGACCGCGCGGUCACUUGGAUGACGUGUUUUGGAAGCCCAGCGUGUGCGUGUGUCUGUGUGUCUGUGUGCGUGUGUGUGUUUGGUUGUCUGCCUGUAUGAGCGGGUGUAGAGUGUGAGAAUGCAAUAGCAUAGUAAAGACUUUUCGGAGGCGCUCAACGGAAGGAAACAGACGCGCAACCAAGUGGACACACACACUUAUACACGCGCACACAUAUAGGCCUACGCACGGCGGAGGAGCCAUGUCUCGACCGCCCUCCACCCACACCACCCCCCAGUCUUACCGCAUCAGUGACAGAGACCUGACGGAGAUCCAGCUCCACUCUGUGGACUCCAUCAAUGACCUGCACCGCAUGCACCCUGAGCACGGCCACAGAGGCAUACGCCCGCCUCUCUCGCCCGCCCACAGCCCGACGUCCAAUGGAAACCCCUGUUACCCCGGCAGGACAGACGUCAAUCAACCAGGCCAGCCAAUCAGCGCUAAACUGCAGAAACACUUGGGGGAGACGUGGGGCUCCGGUUCGUCGAGGGUCUACAUCGCGGCCUGUGGACUCAUCGCGUUCCUACUGCUCAUGCUGUUCGUCACCGUCUACUUCCUGGUCCAACAGGGCGGUGCUAUGCGGACGCUCACAGAGGCCGUGAGGGAGAAACAGGACGUUUCCAUGGAGAUAGCCAAGCUGAUUCAGGAGCUACAGGCCCUGAGACACAACCUGACAGCUCUGAGGGACAGGCCUUGAAGACACACGAGCACACGAAUGGCUCUACAAGAGAGAGACUGAACCUCCCAUCAGCCCUGCUAGAUUGACAGUUGAUCGCUUCACUUUUAUUUAUCCGUCUGUGAUUUGGGGGGAAAAAAGAGACGUCCAAAUCUUUUUUGCAAA